UCGAAACAACCUAUGACUUAUCAGCUGUUCUUGGAGUAUAGAAAGUCGAUUUCCAACACUAAUCGCCUAACGAACAAACGCAACUCUGAAAGCGUCAAUUGAAUAUAACGCUUUCGUUGUCCUGAACAUUACUGCUUAAAUGUGUCAGGAAAAUGGAAAAUUUGCCAAUGGAAAUAGACGACAGUGCGCCGCCGAUUCACGAGGCGUUGAUCAACUACGCAGCAACAACUUGCCGCUUGUUUUACAUACACGACGCUUCCGCUUGGAAGGAAUGGACCACGAAUACCGAGUAUUUCCAGGAUCUCUCUGCCGACGAAGUGUGUCACGUAUUCCUGACUGAAGUUCUACCAAAUUUGGAGACUUAUGAUCUAUCGGAGAGCAUCAAGAACCGCUUCAAGCUCUUAGAAAUUCACCCACUCUUCCGACGCGUUGCCCAAGGCUAUCAGUAUACUCCCGAUCGCGAACUAGCAUCUCGCUUUGUUCUGCAAAAGUACCGUGACUACUGUCUGAUUGGCGAUAUUGAGAAACCCCAGGAAAGUCAGCCAAGACGUGGAUCCCACACCGUGCUUUUGGACGACGAAGGAGAUGAACCCAAGACCUGUGUUGGAUACAAAAGCAAAUUAAGUCAGGAGUUGGCCGCUAUCGGCUCGGCCAUUUUGUCUACCGAUCUGGAGCUUGCCAAUGGACAAAUGCUCGAUGUGGCUGAGAUACAUCGCCGUUUGAGAUGUGCAAAGCAGAAUUUCGAGGACAAGGCCAUACUUGCUCCAUUACGUACAGAUAUUGACGACAUGAUAAACAAAUUGACGGUCUUCGACGAGCUAAAAGCUAAAUUUUGUCGGGUAGUAAGUGAUUGUAAGAAAUAUGCUUAACAUCAGUUCAGAUGUGAAAGAUGUUUUGGGCGUCAGUUAAAUAAAUGCCUUUAAUUACUUGCGGUUAAUGGUAAGCCAAAGUUUUCCUCGAAACUAAAACAUCGUGAAAUCUUUUAAGGAUUAAAAAAAAGGAAAAAUGACUAAAACUUUUGUAUAAACUGUAUAACUUAAGUAGACACUUUAAAUGUUUUAAGAAAACCGAUUUUAUGUAUACCAUUCAUCACUUAUAUGUUAUUUACAUUACUCAACUGCUGUUUUAAUAAAAUAAAUGGAAUUCUCUCGACAUUAAAUUAUUAAAAAAUUUGUCACUCACAACUAGAGUACC